AUGGCAUCCUCGUCAUCCUCACCCAUCAUCCAGGGGCAUAGCAUAGACAGCAGUCUUCGCGGCGCAUAUUCGGCCUCCCCAAUUAAGUAUAUGCUCUAUGGCCGAGGAUGCAUCACCUCCCUCCCUGACGUCAUCGCGAAACUGGGCGCUUCAAAGGCGUAUAUUAUCACUGGCAGGUCUCUGCGGGAAAAGACGCCGGUGAUCAAGCAGAUAGAGGAGAUACUAGGCGUUGAACAUCAUGCAGGCACUUAUAGCGGAGUGCGGCAGCAUGCCCCAUUAGCUGACAUCGAAUCCGCCAUAAGCGCAGUCCGAGAAUCCGGCGCGGACGUACUGGUUUCUGUCGGAGGCGGAUCGCCCAUCGACGCCACAAAAGCCAUCGCGUAUCAUUUGCAUAUUAACAAUGACGAUGCGAAUGGCGGGCGGAAAUGGAUUCCCAGCAUUGCGGUGCCGACGACAUUGAGUGUGGCGGAGACGACGAAGAAUGCGGGGUUUACCAAUGCGGAGGGGGCGAAGGUCAGGGUUUCGGAUGCAGAGUUGAUCCGCGCCCUCGACCACGCCCUGGAACUCCUCUACGUACCCUCCGCCCCCGAAGUCCCCACAAAACACCUCGCCCUCUCCUCCCUAACAGACCUCUUCACCCUCCUCCCCAAAUGCCACGCCAACCCCCAAGACGCAGACGUACGCCAACGCCUCUUUCUCGCAGGCUACGCGGCGUUCUUCCCCUUCCUGUUCUCCGGUGCCCUGGGCCUUAGUCAUGCCAUUGGCCAUGCUAUUGGGGCGAGCUAUGGGAUUCCGCAUGGGAUUACGUCGUGUAUCAGUUUGGGCAAGGUGGUGAGGUUUUUGGCGGAGAGGGCGGAGGAGGGAGAGGAGGCGAAGCAGAUUGCGAGGGCUGUGGCGUUUAUUCCUGGGUUGAAGGGGACAGGGAGGGUGGGUGGGGAUGCGCUAUUGGUGGCCGAGGCGGUUGAGGGGUUGGUUGGGAGACUGGGUUUGGCGAGUGGAUUGGCAGAUUAUAACGUCAAGUCCGGUGAGGAAGAGGAUAUUGCUAUUCGCGCGCUGCGGGAUCCCGCACAUCCUGAUUUGAAGGCUGUUACGGAGCUGGUUCGCACUAUGUACACAUCCUCCACCUCGUCUGAUGUGACGAUGCGCCUGUAG